CUGUCAUGCUAUUUAAAGCGCGGCAAAUCUCCAGCGCUGUAAGUGCUCUCAGAUUUUUUCCCCCCUAAUUCAUUAAAUUAACAAAGCCUGAAGCAGCUCAGAGCACGUGCCAUUGCUCAGCAUUACUGAACCUGGCUUCCAGCUCCUAUGAGCUGGCUUUACGAACACCACACGGAAAGUGGUCCUGGCCCCAGACAUUUUACACCGUGAUUUUAUCCAGCUGUUUUUCCGACGCCCCAAAAAGGAAAGCAGAGACACUUCGUUUCUUUGAGCAGACAAUCCACUACGGCACUGCACGGAACUCACGAGAAGAACAGCUCUUCACCGUGCGCCGGACAACAGAGGACGACACGGGAAAGAAAUUAAGUACAGAAAAGCACAUCAGGCAACCGACACUUCCAAACACCUUCUGCACCGAGAGGCUGCGGCAGCCCUGACGGGAUCGCGGGAUCCCCGCGGACAGAAGGACGCGGGCAGGGCGGCAGCCGGGAUGGCCGCGCCGACGAUGGAGGAGAGGAAGGCGUGCUGGGGGGCCCGGGACGAGUUCUGGCAGUGCCUGGACAGCCACGGGGAUGACGCCGCCAAGUGCGAGAAGCUGCGCCGGGCCUUCGAGUCGCGCUGCCCGCAGCAGUGGGUUAAACACUUUGACAAACGAAGAGACUUUUUAAAAUAUAAAAAGAAGCUUGAAACAGAAGGGUAUCAUCCGCCAGAAACUGCUGGAAAGUCUUAGGACAUCUGCUCUCAAAUCAAGUCAGAGUAACUACAGAAGGAAGAAGCCAGAGAAAGCAACAAAGCUGCUUGAGUGCAAGAGCUGGUAAUGUAGCAGUCUCCCUGAAAUGCAGACUGCUCUUCUUGUUGCCAGGUCUCACAUGUCUGCUAAAAAAAAGGAGUCAUGGGCAGCUUUUUGAUGAGUUUAAGUCAAAGAAAUAUGGUGCAGGGCUGUUCACAAAUUUAAGGGUUUGAAUGUGUAAUUAGUAAAAUUGUUUCACAGGAAUAAAUGAUUAUUUAAUACUGCUAUGUACAUAUUCUAAAGAGAAAAUGAAACUGUUUUUCAGUAAGUGAACCACCUUUUUCCUAAAUUAAAAAAGUCCAUUCCAACUUGCCUUUCUUGUUGAAAGUAGUGGGUUGUAUAAUAAAAUUUAUAUUUGUCAUUUA